AUACUAAUGGAUCAUUCCUCGAGGGGUACAUUGCUGCUAGUUCUCGACAAAUGACCGCUUACGUCUAUUGUCAGGUGAGAUACCUCUCCCCCCGUUGUGUGCUGGGUAGAUGGUACAGUCCACAUGCAGCUCUGAGUUGUUGCUGAGGAGGUUCCUCUGUUCGGCACAUACCGUUAAAUUGGCAUGCAGCCUACGCUUGGGUCCUGUAGCAGGAGGCUGCACCGCUUGUAAUAAUGUUGCCAUCUUCUCACCGGAGCUACCCGAGACACCAGUGCAGGGUCGCAUUAAUCCACAUUUUGUGCUGUAUUACAGGUGUAUGUGGCAGUCAGGUGGUUGUGCCCCGGAGAGUGAAUGCUGUGCUGGGGAAGAAUGUGACUUUAGACUGCAGGGUGGAGGUGGGCACAAACCUUACCCUCACCCAGAGUUCCUGGGAGCGACGACUCCCUUCAGGCUCAGUCACAGUUGCUGUCUACAACCCUCGGUUUGGCAUUUCGAUCCCUCCAGAGUUCAUCCAUCGAUUGUAUUUUCGCUCACCCUCCUCACACGAUGCCACCAUAGUGCUUGAAAAUGUGGGCUUUGCUGAUGUCGGAAUGUAUACCUGUAAGGUUGCUACAUUUCCUCUGGGAAACACACAGGCCUCCACAACUGUCAAUGUACUCGUGGAACCGAAGGUCUUCGUGUCAGCAGGUUCCACUGCCCUGAUCGAUGGGGGCAACGACACUGUGGUGGCCACCUGUAUCGCCGAACGGGCCCGGCCCCCUGCUGAGGUGUCCUGGGAGUCCAACCUGUUUGGCCAGUCAGAGGUGCAGAUGUUUGAUGAAGCCAACGGCACAACCAGCACUCAAGUUCGCUACCUUUGGCAGCCUACACGCCACACCCAGGGACACUCACUCACCUGUGUGGUCCGCCACCCAGCUCUAAAUAGUGACUUCAGGAUACCCUACCAGCUCAAUGUGCUGUUUGCUCCUGAUAUCUCAGUGGUGGGUUAUGACGGAGACUGGCAUGUAGGUCGGGAAAAUGUUCAAAUGACAUGCAAGGCCAAUGCAAACCCAGCACCUCAUCACUUCAGAUGGAUCAGAUUGGACAGUGAAAUGCCAGCAGGGGUAGAAGUACUGAACAGCACUUUGCUCUUCCUGCGUCCCCUCCAGCGGAAUGACUCUGGAGUUUACAGGUGUGAGGUUGCCAAUGACAUCAACCUCCGCAGUCGGGAUGUGCGCAUUCUCAUACAAGAUCCUCCCACCAUGCCUUCCACCAUUACUGCUCCUGUCCUAACUGGCUCCGCAUCCUCCACCUUUGUGGAUGAAAAGGGGCAUGUCCUUCUCAGCUCCCCCACACUCGAAGCCCUACCUGAGAGUAAUCUUGGUUCCAUAGUGGGUGGGGCUGUGGGCGGGGCCUUGUUCCUGCUACUUCUGCUGUGUUUGGUGGGCGUGUGUUACCUACGUAAACAUCAGACCUUCCAUGGGGAUUACUACACCAAGCAGUACCUGGGAAACAACGACCUCCAGAAAGCCCCCACACAGCAUGAGCUCCACCCUCCCAAAGCCGGCAGCAGCAGCUCUCAAAAACAGGACCAAGAUCGAGAGGAGUGGGGGGAUCGCCAUCUCAAACAGGAGCGUGAACGACGUCUCCAUAGCAACGGAGAGGAUUAUCCCUCCAAUGGCUACACCAGGGCAAUGAGGGAAAGCGGUCACCAUCACAACCAUCAGCAGAAUCACCACCGUGAACACGCACAGUAUUCUAGUCCUCGGCAGGCCAGAUGUGCCAGAUACCCUCGAUUACCUAAACCACAGGGAAACGGCUCCCCCUACAUGUCGGAUGACUGCUAUGAUAGUGGGCCCGAUGGCGACUAUGUCUCCCACACAGAUGGGUCUGUCAUCUCACGUAGGGAGUGGUAUGUUUGAUAAACCACCUUGUUCUAUAGGAGCAGGAAUAUCAAGAAAACCUGAGGGUUUAGUUUUUGGAAUUAGGAAAAAAACACAUUAUUUCUCUUCUGUACGCACAUGCACACUUCUACUAAUCUCAAUUCUGUAGUUCCUGUGUUUGUUCAAGCGACCUGGUCAGCACUUGAGAUGUGACGUUUCUGUUCUUUAUGUGGACAGACUGGACUGCACGGCCACUUUGACAGUAAACUUCCACAUGCCUGGAGAAAUGGCAUGUCACUAGUUUGUGUGUGUGGAGACUAACUAAAGAUCAUGAUGUAUGUGCUGUCUCUGCCUUACUACAUGGACUGCCAGUGUACUUAGUAUUACUAAUGUCUUAACUUCAGUGGAGCGGAAGCCCAGGAGGCUCACAGAUCACAUAUGGUUGUUGUACAAGAAGGUUUCAUGGUUUCUACAAAAUCAGCCCUCUCAGGCUCUGUGAUACUUGAUUUGUAUUUCUAUGUCUUAAUAUUGCUUUUACUAAUUUCACCAAAAGACCUCUGAAUAUGAUUGGCUGACAUCCAGGAAUGGUAGUGAACCCAUGGCUGAAAGUGAAUGCAGGGUAUUACAGAUCUUUUUUUCCAAAACCCAGUAGGACACAACGGAGGCACACAGGCUAAUUUAAAAAAGGAUUAAUCUCACUUAGAAAUCAGAAGUCUCUCCUCUCUGAGUCAUGGUCAGAAAACGUAAUGCACUGCCUUUUGCAAACUUUAUUUUGAACCACUUUUUGGUUUGUUGUCAACUAAAAUGUCUCCCCUUUACUUUACUUCCUAUGACAGGAGACUUUUGAGCUUGAGGACUUGACCCCUGAUAUCGUAGCAGUGUCCUUUUAAAGCUGAUGUCCUAGUGUGGGAACCUUAAGAGCAUUUUUACAGCCCAUCCUCAACUCAUCUUCUGUCCCCAGGAGAGUGGGAUGGAGAGAGAGGACAGGGGAGGGAGGCCCACAUGACUGAGGCAUGAGUUAUGGAACAGCCGAGCCUUGUUAUGCAAACAUCCUACAAAUUUCUUCAAGUUUGAAUAAACUGAAAUGUUAGUGCUUUGUUUGCUUUAAGAGUUAGGAAAGAGUGUAUGGUAAUUCUCCUCUGUAGUUUACCAUAAAUACAGUCUCUGGUCGGCUACCAGAUUAUAAUGGAUGUGUUGAUAAUUUGCACUCUGGCACUAAACCAGGGCUCUCAGAGGUUCAGGAGAGCUUUCAGCAGGGCCAUUGUUAAAAGCAGGCUACAGUAUGACAGCCACCAUAUGCUGGCCUCCUAGUCACAGAGUAUUUUGUUACACAAAGAGAUCAUUCAAAAGUCUGACGAAUACACACAUACCACAAACAACCAGCAGUGGACUAAUUUCACUACUCUUGGUAAUCCGUUGAAACAAGACAUGACUGUGUCACAACUACAAUCUGAGACAUUAAUAGGCUUACUGUUGAUUAUCCAUGUGUGUAGCUGCACCCUCUAAUCAUGUUCACCACUUCUCUAAUAUUUAACACUCAUUUUUACAGUUUGUAACAUUAUGUGGACAUAUCAGGUCAACUAUAACAGACAUUAUUGUUGCACUGAUCCUGGAAUUCUGCCAUCACUAUUAUCUUAUGAGUUACUAUGAAAUUAUGCCACUAUGUUUUGUUUUCCUUCAAUUUCAGAUUAUUUUUACAUUAAAAUCUGCGUUCAUUCCUGAGCAGCCACGUUUUACCGACUAAUCGAGAUGUAAGAACUUUGCAGGAUACACCUAGUACUCUGAACUGUGGAGAAAGUGUUUGCCAUUUCAGCGUUUUUGGGUUAAUGUACCCCAGUACUUCAUUUAUUGAAAGAAUUAUUGGUUGAUAGAAUAUUACAUACAGUUUUACGUGUGAUCAGGGACACAGAAAAAAGUAUUUCAGCGCACACACACAUAUAUUUACCAGACUGCAUGGAGGGGAGCCAACAAUUUCUUUCAUGCACACCAGUGUUUGUGAACUUGCCAAUUCCAGUACUACAGUCAUCUACACAAUAUUUGCUGCCAGAUGCCAAAUAUUUGUAUAACUUGUAUGUAUAAAUAAGAUGACAUUAUUGCUGACUAGCUAACAGCUUAUAUAAAUAAAUAACGUAUCACUGUUGUACACAGGGUCUUGUAGACAGACUUAGAAGUGAAAAGAUGCUUUAGGCCACUUUUAUAUUGCAGUAACAGUUGUCAAAAUGGGAAUUAGUUCUACUGUUAUGAGCUCUCACUAAUUGUUUGUUAGGGUGUGGAUUUUGUGCAGUGUAUAGGCUGCUAUUCUCAUUGUGAGAUCUGAUAAUGUGCCACUGUUACAUGGAAGCUGAGAAUAAGAGCCCCUAACUGCACAGUAAACAAUAAACCAUACACAUAAGCUUCUCAUUCUUAUCGGUACUUUGAUCAUCAGCUCAGAUGAAAUAGACAAAGAAGUAGUAACAAUGAUUUGAUAAACAUAGGAUAUGAGGUUUUUCUGUUUGUGAUUUCUGCUACAAUCUCUUUCAUAAAGCAGUUUCUGUGCAAAAAGGAAGUUCCUAUGAUAAAAAAUGUAUCUGUGUAGAUCAACAUGAACCAUAACAGUGUUGCAUAAAGAGGUACUGUCAUAAUGGGCUUCACAAACAAAAUGUCCUUUACCUUUUUGUAUUGAGAUGAAGGUUGUUAGAGAAAUAUUUGAUACUGCUUCAUGCAAGUGAGAAUUUGUAUUACUUUGUGAUUCUGAUGAACUGACCCUUUUUAAAUGGGAGUGUCAAAAUAUGAGUAAAGAACACAAUCUCAUUUAGGUUGUUGAUUCCAAAGCAAAGCAUUUGGCUUUUGUAUGCUGCUGACAUGUUUGUAUUCAGCCUCUCUGCUCACCUUCAUGUACGAGCAGAGAGCAACAGGAAGCACAGCAGUGUAACCCCUUCUUCUGUUUGCUUCCAUGCACUAAGACGGAAACUCCACUGAUCGAUACACUAUUUUUGCCUGACUUGUCAGUUUGCAGCCCCACACCUGGAUUAAUGACGUUCUCUUUUACUGUGACACUUUGUUAAGAGCUCAGCCAUCGAUAUCUUUACCUUGAGAAAUGUCCUUCAGUUUGGGUUAAAUACAACUAGUGCCUUAGAUACCUAGGAGAAGAAAUAACAGUAUUUUUUCUUAUUGUUUACUUAUGGAUGUUGAUGUUGUUGCUCUGUGAGAUUUAUUUUCACUGCACAUUAUGUGUUCAAGGGACUCCAUUGUGCCAUAUUCACUUUUCUGUCACCUUGACAAAUAAUGAUGCAGUAUAUUUGCAAACCUAGAGGCAUUAAAAUACAAACAAAAAGACAAAGCUUGAAUUAAUUUUGAUGUAAAAUGAGUUAAAUUAUGUCUUCUUCACAGGGUUCUGUCAGGGUUCUUUUGUUUCUGUAAAAUCACUGUUGUUAAAUGGAGUCUUUGUCAGCGGAGAGCACCUUGUGGCCAUGUUUCCUUUUUGUAUAUACAGAAGAAAAUGUAAGUUUCUGAAUGGAAAAAAAUAUUUAUGUGAGUGACAACAGUGAAGCAUUUUUUUGUCAGUCUUUUUGAGAUACUUUAGUUCAAUAAAGCACCUUAGCACCUGUGA